CCUCCCCCCCUCCCCCAAUUAGCUCCUCCCCUCUCGGCGACCUCUCCGGCGUUGCUGCUCUUCGCGCUAGUGCUGUUGCCGGAAGUAAAGAUGGUGGCCUUCACCGCCGAGUCGGACCUGGUGACGGGAUGGUGUCUCUUCGGCCUUGCUUUACUGGUCAUUUUGGUGUUUUGCUGGGUUUAUGUCCGCAAGUACCAGAGUAGGCAGGAAAGCGAAGUAAUUUCUACCAUAACAUCUAUUUUUGCUUUGGCUAUUGCACUUAUUACAUCAGCUCUCCUUCCUGUGGACAUUUUUCUAGUUUCUUAUGUGAAGAACCAGAAUGGAACCUUUAAGGACUGGGCUGAUGCCAAUGUUACAAGAGAAAUUGAAGAUACUGUAUUAUAUGCGUAUUACACUCUUUACUCCAUCAUAUUAUUCUGUGUAUUUUUAUGGAUCCCAUUUGUCUAUUUCUACUAUGAAGAGAAAGAUGAAGAUGAUGGCAAUGCAUGUUCGCAGGUUAAAACUGCAGUCAAGUAUACACUAGGAUUCCUUCUGGUUUGUACAGUUCUUCUAAUUAUCGGAGCUUUUGUUCCACUGGAUAUUCCUGCCAAGAAAAAUUCAACAGAGUGGGAGAAAAUAAAACUUUUGUUUGAAGAACUUGGAAGUAGCCAUGGUUUAGCUGCCCUCUCCUUCUCCAUAAGUUCUUUGACCCUUAUUGGAAUGGUGGCAGCUAUUAUCUAUACGGCUUAUGGAAUGUCUGCUUUGCCUCUAAAUCUUAUAAAAGGUACAAGAAAUGCUAGUUAUGAACGCUUGGAGAACACUGAAGAUAUUGAAGAUGUUGAGCAAAAUAUUCAAAGAAUUAAAUCAAAGUGUAGAGAUGGCCGGCCUUUACCAAGUCGAGACAGGCAAAUGCUGCAACAAUUUGAAGACAAAUUAAGAAGCCUUCGCAAAAGAGGACGGCGUCUGGAAUACAUUGAGAAAAGCUGCUGGACAAAGUUCUGUGGUGCCAUGAGGCCCCUGAAAAUUGUAUGGGGAAUAUUUUUUAUACUUGUGGCCCUGCUGUUCACUAUUUCUCUCUUCCUGUCGAAUUUGGAUAAAGCGCUUCAUUCUACUGGUAUAGGUUCUGGAUUUAUAAUCCUGGGAACUAAUUUGACCAAUCCAUUGAAUAUGCUGUUACCUGUUCUACAGACAGUGUUUCCCCUAGACUAUAUUCUUAUUACUACCAUCAUCAUGUACUUCAUAUUUACUUCAAUGGCUGGAAUUCGCAACAUGGGUAUAUGGUUCUUCUGGAUAAGGCUGUACAAGAUCAGACGGGGGAGGACACGACCUCAAGCCCUUCUCUUUCUUUGUAUGAUACUUCUGUUGAUUGUUCUUCACACCAGCUAUAUGAUCUACAGUUUAGCCCCUCAAUAUGUUAUGUAUGGGAGUCAAAAGUAUCUAAUUACGAAUAAUAAGACAUUUGAAGGACACUUGAACAAUGAAACAAUAUACAUAUCCAAAGGUUGUGAUGCAGAUGCACCUGAAGAUCAAUGCACUGUUACUCGGACAUAUCUGUUUCUGCACAAAUUUUGGUUCUUCAGUGCUGCAUAUUACUUUGGCAAUUGGGCUUUUAUUGGAGUUUUCUUGAUUGGAUUAAUUGUGUCAUGCUGCAAAGGAAAAAAAUCAGUCAUUGAAGGUGAAAUGGACGAAGAUGAUUCAGAUAUAAGUGAUGAUGAGCCAUCGCUCUAUUACGGCUGACAGCCUGCAGUCCUGAAGGUUAAAGCUUGCAAUGUAAAACUGUGAAAAUGCCAUUAUUCUCGGAAAAGUUCACCUUUGCCAAUAUUGAAGAGAGAAAUAAUAUAAACCAGGAUUUGGAAUUUCUGAAGAUCUGACUGGUUUACAGUUAAAUUCAUUUGUACAUAGACACAAGAGCUAAUUUUAUGAAGGAAAAAUUAAAGAGAACUAUUUUUUGGAGUAUAUGCUAUGGAGCUGUGAUGUCAUUUAAAUGGCAUUUAACUUUGUUUUUGUUAGUCUUGAAUUUUAAGUUUAUUAAUGAUUUUUGUUUCUUUAGAUUAUUGACAAAUCAUAAACAAACUGAUAAAUGUGUCAUAGGUCUCAUGGAAAUCUAAAGUUACAAAUACUUGUUAAUAUGGAACUAAUACCUGAAACAUACCUGUUGGUGUAUGAAGUGUUACUUAAAGACAAUAGAACUAAGUACAGGUCUGGUCAUUAGAGCAAAUCCCUCCCACAUCAAAUGUGAAUGCAGUAUGACUGGAAGGCAGAUGGUGUGUAACUAUUACAUUCAUAAAAUAGUGGAAGAAAUAUGUAUUCCAUUUCCAAGUUUUGUUUAUUCAGUUUAGUAUCUGCCCACAUAUACUAUUCUCAACCCAGUUGGAUAGAGAACAAUAGGUCCGGCCAGAUCAACAAUACAAAAUAUGUCCUGAGACUUCUAAUUCAAAAUAACAGUGAAAGAAAGAAACUUUUUCCAUUUUUCAUAUAAUUUGUGAGCUUUAAUUUCUUCAUGGUUUAAACUAAACCCUGUAUGUACAUUUUUAAAAGACAUUAAAUAUUAAUCACUUGCUUGGUUAUGGUUUGCUAUUUACUGUCUUGGCAUAAUAAUACAAAUAUGCUGAACCAGGUUUUCAAUAGUGAAACAACUAUUCAGUAUAAUUUUGCUUAAUUAUAAUUGAUGAAAGGCACAAAUGCUUAAAAAUCAUGCCAUUUUGUUUCUUAUUUUGUAAAAUAAAUUAAUCAGGAUCCUAAA